GCGCCGUCAUGUGAGUGCAACAGCAGCGUUUUCGCUCUGCCAGCUUAGAAGCAGCCAGCAAGCGCGGAUCUCCUCGCCCACAGCAAGGAAGGAGGGAGCGGGUGGGGGGAAUCUGGGCCGAGGAGGCGGCUCUGAUCUCAUUCCACAAGCUAGUCAGCGGCGCGCUGUCUUCCUCGCCGUCAGCUGAUCCACGAGGGGAGGCUUCCUUCCGUCUCAUUCACGCUCUCCCGCACUUCCCAAGUGGAUUAAGAACUCUGGCGGGCGGGUUUCGGGGCCAGGCGGAUCUAUUCCCAAGGCGGGUCGGCUGGGGGGGGGGGUGCGGUUUCCGAAGCGAACCAAAGAGCCCGCAAGCCGCAGCCCCAAGCUGGAUUGCCUGGCAACUUUCCCUCCUAGUCGCCUCCUCGCCGAUCCAGGAUGGCUUCCAGUUUUAAUGACAUCGUGAAGCAAGGCUAUGUCAAGAUUCGGAGCAGGCGCUUAGGCAUUUAUCAAAGAUGCUGGCUGGUCUUCAAGAAAGCAUCAAGCAAAGGGCCCAAAAGAUUGGAGAAAUUUUCAGAUGAGCGUGCGGCUUAUUUCAGAUGCUAUCACAAGGUCACAGAACUUAAUCACGUGAAGAAUAUAGUACGGUUGCCCAAAGGCACACGGAAGCAUGCUGUAGGGAUAUAUUUUAAUGAUGACACAUCCAGGACAUUUGCCUGUGAAUCAGAACUUGAAGCGGACGAAUGGUGCAAAGUCUUACAGAUGGAGUGCCUGGGGACUCAUAUUAAUGAUAUUAGCCUUGGAGAACCUGACCUAUUGGCUUCCGGUGUAGAGAGGGAACAAAAUGAGAGAUUCAAUGUGUAUUUGAUGCCAUCCCCUAAUUUAGAUGUGCAUGGGGAAUGUACCUUGCAGAUAACAUUUGAGAAUAUCUGUCUUUGGGACAUCCAGAAUCCCAGAGUAAAACUCGUCUCUUGGCCUCUGAGUGCCCUCCGACGAUAUGGCCGGGAUUCAACUUGGUUUACAUUUGAAGCCGGCAGGAUGUGUGAUACAGGGGAAGGACUAUUCAUCUUUCAGACGAGAGACGGGGAGGCAAUCUAUCAGAAGGUUCACUCGGCAGCUCUGACCAUAGCAGAACAACACGACCACUUGUUACAGAGUGUAAAAAACUCCAUGCUACAGAUGAAAAUGAGUGAGCGAGCUGUUUCUCUUGGUACCAUGGUCCCCUUGCCCCGCAGUGCAUACUGGCACCACAUCACACGGCAACAUAGCACCGGACAACUCUUUGGCCUACAAGAUAGUCCAUUGAAGAUCCAUCGAACAGAAACCUUCCCAACCUACCGAUCAGAGCAUUGAUAAAAGAGAGGCAAGGACUUUCAAACUGUGUGAGAUGGAUUGGUCCGGCAAGGCAGUUUUUGUUGACACUGGAUAACAUUAUAAUGAAGCAGCUACAGGAAAGGAAGACUGGAUCAAGACUGCAAUAUUAUUUUUUAAUCCUUGGCCAAAAGAUAAUAUGCCCUACAGGCGAUAUUGGGAAAUUGCUAUAUUUCAUAGUUACAUCCAGAACUGAGAAGCUCUCCCACCGUGUGUGAUUUUUUUUUUUUUUUAGUAUAAUUGAUAUCUGUUGAUGAUUUGUUCUAUGCUAUCAGUUGUUCAGAAUUUACUUCAUCAGUUAUGGUGAUAUCUUAGAUAAUGUGGUUUAUGGUCCCUGAAGAUUUUCCUUUAACCUCAUUGUCCUGAAUCAUUGUUGAUCCUAGCACUUUUCAGAAUAGUGGCCAGUUUGGGGGAACUGGAAUCUCUUGUCCCUGUCUAUUAAAGUCUGAUUGAGGAUAAUCUAAGUUAACAAAGGACAAUUCUCCUGUCUUUUCUUGAUGUUUAUUUCCCAGUCAUGUAUUUCAGUAUGCCUUUUAGAAUGUAAACUUCUAAGUAAACAAACAUGUAAAAGCAAA